UAAUGAUGCUCCCAGCACACUUAUAAAGCGAAGCAGAGAGCUCACCACAGAGCUGUGCCUUGCAGCCCUGGUCCUCCGCAGAGCAUCACUCCUCCUCAUUCACAAGGUCUGUUUGCUGCCUGCAUCCCAGUGCAGCCAUGCUGGGCACGGCAGUGCGGCUCUCAGUCCUGCUGAGCGUCUUCAGCGUUGGAAAAAGCCAGAUGUUUCAUAUGGGACCAUGCCCAGAUCCAUCAGUCCAAGAAGACUUCGAUAUCGAGAAGUAUUUGGGGAAAUGGUAUGAGAUAGAGAAGCUGCCCUCAACUUUUGAGAAAGGAAGCUGCAUCCAGGCAAAUUACUCAUUGAAGGAGAAUGGGAAGUUCAAGGUGAUCAACAAGGAGAUGCUUUCCAAUGGCAAAGUCAAUGAAGCUGAAGGAGAACUCAUGCACAUGGAUGUAAAGCAGCCGGCCAAGCUGGGCGUCCGCUUUAACUGGUUCAUGCCUGCUGCCCCUUAUUGGGUUGUCUCUACCGACUAUGAAAACUACUCACUGGUUUACUCCUGCACUAACAUCCUCUGGCUCUUCCACAUGGACUACGCCUGGAUUUUAUCAAGAGCUCCUGAAUUGCACCCAGAAACUGUGGAGCACCUGAAGAGUGUUCUCCAGUCCUACAAGAUCGACACUGACAAAAUGAUUCCCACUGAUCAAGUCAACUGCCCUGCUGAGAUGUAACUCCCAGCACACAGUGACACAGCACCAGACCAGCGAUGAACUUUGUUGCUUGCUUUAUUAUCCAUUAGAAUUUCUCUAUGUAACUGAGAAAUUUAAUAACCUCUUUGCUAACUAUA